CCCUCCGUCCCUCUCUCGUCCAUGCUAAUAACAUUUCUUCUUCUCUUCUCAAAUAACAGCAAAAUAAAUUCACAUUAGAGCAAAAAAAAAAAAAAACUAAAAAUUAGGGUUUUGCUUUCAGUUUCAGAUCUGAAUCACAAAUUUCUAUUUCACAUGGUAGAUCUCUCUCGUCUCGAUUAAGAACUUCGUCUUGUAAGUUCGUAAACAAAUUGAAUUUCACUGGAAUAAUUGGGAAUCAAAUUACGUUUCAUGUUCUGUUUUGGAUUCGGAUUCUAUCCUCCUUCGGUGGUGAUAAAUAGAUCUUGAAAAUUGGCUCCACAGAGGCGAUCACAGCGCCACAUGGGCGGCAAGAUGCAGCAAACGAAUGCUUCUGCUGCUUCCACCGCACUCUAUGAUCAUGCCGCCGCCGGUGGUUCCUUGGGCCCCUCUGCUGAUGCUGGUGAUGCGGUCAUGGCUAGAUGGCUUCAGUCUGCGGGCUUGCAGCAUCUGGCCUCUCCCUUGGCUUCUACUGGUAUCGAUCAUCGCCUCCUUCCUAAUAUUUUAAUGCAGGGUUAUGGAGCACAAUCUGCUGAAGAGAAACAGAGGCUUUUCAAGCUUAUGAGAAACCUCAAUUUUAAUGGAGAGUCUGUUUCUGAGCCUUACAUCCCAUCUGCCCAAACUUCAGCUGGUGUUUCUGCCUCAGAUGGCUUUUAUUCUCCUGACUUUAGGGGGGAUUUUGGAGCUGGCCUUUUGGAUCUUCAUGCUAUGGAUGAUACAGAACUUCUAUCUGAGCAUGUCAUCUCAGAACCAUUUGAUCCAUCACCAUUGAUGCCUGGUGUUUCAAAAGGAUUUGAAAAUGACUUCAAUUUGACUAGUAGCAGACAGCAAGGAGAGCAAACUGAUGCAGAUUUGUCAGUUCCAUCCCCCACUAAUGAAAAGGAGAACAGCACAAAGGAAAAUAAUGCGGCAAAGAUUAAAGUUGUGGUACGUAAAAGACCACUAAACAAGAAGGAGCUUGCUAGGAAGGAGGACGACAUUGUAACGGUGAAUGACAAUGCUUUAACUGUCCAUGAACCCAGGCUAAAGGUGGACUUGACUGCAUAUAUUGAGAAGCACGAGUUCUGUUUUGAUGCUGUUCUGGAUGAGCGUGUCACCAAUGACGAGGUAUAUCGGGUUACUGUGGAACCAAUUAUUCCCACCAUUUUUCAGCGAACAAAAGCCACAUGUUUUGCAUAUGGUCAGACAGGUAGUGGUAAGACAUUCACAAUGCAGCCCCUGCCUCUUAGAGCUGCUGAAGAUCUUGUUAGAUUGUUGCAUCAGCCAGUUUAUCGUAAUCAGAGAUUCAAAUUGUGGCUUAGCUUCUUUGAAAUUUAUGGUGGAAAACUCUUUGAUCUUCUCAGUGAAAGAAAGAAACUUUGUAUGAGAGAAGAUGGUAGGCAACAAGUUUGCAUUGUUGGACUGCAAGAAUUUGAAGUUUCUGAUGUACAAAUUGUUAAGGAAUUUAUUGAGAAGGGGAAUGCUGCCAGAAGUACAGGAUCUACUGGUGCCAAUGAGGAAUCUUCAAGGUCACAUGCUAUUUUACAACUUGCUGUUAAGAAGCACAGUGAAGUAAAAGACUCCAGGCGGAACAGUGAUGUGAAUGACUAUAGAAGUGGUAAAGUUGUUGGGAAAAUUUCAUUUAUUGAUCUUGCUGGUAGUGAACGAGGUGCAGACACCACUGACAAUGACCGGCAAACAAGGAUUGAAGGUGCAGAAAUCAACAAGAGCCUUUUGGCUCUUAAGGAGUGCAUUCGUGCUUUGGACAAUGACCAGAUCCAUAUACCAUUCCGUGGGAGCAAACUCACAGAAGUACUCCGUGAUUCCUUUGUGGGCAACUCUAGGACAGUUAUGGUCUCUUGCAUUUCCCCAAAUGCUGGCUCAUGUGAACAUACACUCAAUACAUUGAGAUAUGCGGAUAGGGUUAAAAGUCUUUCUAAAAGCGGAAAUGCAAGAAAGGAUCAGGCUGUAAGUUCAUUACCGCCAACUAACAAGGAUGCUUCCUCUACAUCAUCACUGCCAGUCUCCGUUGAUGUUGAUGAUGUUUAUGAGCAACAAGAGGUCAGGGUGCCAGAUAUGGGUAGAAGGGUUGUAGAGAAAGAAACUCCAUCUUACAAUCCUACUGUUGAUUAUGAUAAACAGCCCUCAGGUUUUUCCUUAAAUGAACGAGAAGAAAAUGGGUUGAGUUCUGGCAUAGCAGACAGGGAGAGGUUCGAAAGUAAUAGUUCCUAUGGUGGUCUGGCAAGUCAAAAAGUCAAUUCAUCAUACACCCAGCACUCAGCUGAUACAGAAGAGAAAGUGCCGAAGGUGUCUCCACCUCGCAGAAAAAUAUCCAGGGAGGAAAAGUCAGAAAAAUUUGGAAACUGGUUCAAAAAAGAUGGCAGUGGAUCUGAUCUCCCCACUGCAAUCCCAAAGCAGCAGAGUACAGGAAACUAUAGUGCAAGUAACACUGGAUCACGACAGUACAAACCGGAUCCUCCUGUUGGGAAUAUAAAUGCAAUACUUGAGGAAGAAGAGGCCCUAAUCGCUGCGCAUAGAAAAGAAAUUGAGGAUACAAUGGAGAUUGUUCGUGAAGAAAUGAAACUGUUGGCAGAAGUUGACCAACCAGGCAGUCUCAUUGACAACUAUGUAACCCAGUUGAACUUCGUGCUCUCACGCAAGGCAGCUGGCCUGGUUAGCCUCCAAGCACGCCUCGCUCGGUUCCAGCAUCGACUAAGAGAACAAGAGAUACUUAAUCGGAAGAGAGUCCCUCGUUAAUGCUGCACUUUCUUUACCUGCCAAACUUAAGGCUGUCUUGUAAUUCCAAAUCUCUUGUAUUUCACUACUACAAUAUGAUUUUGUCCUUGUUGAUUCGAUAUAAUCAGCUCCCAGAAAUGGAAAUUUAAUUUCAAUUA